GGCGGGCAUCAUCGGCCUCUCCGUCGCCCCGCCAACCUCCUCCUCAACUCGACCUCUCCGUCGCCGUCGUCGACGCCAAUGUCCCUUGCUACGGCGCCACCGGUGCUGGGCAAGGAUAUAUCUGGAUGGCACAUUUGACCCCCGGGAGUGAUACAUGGGAGCUCGCAAGAAGGAGCAAGCAGCUGUGGGAAGAGUUGGUGGAGAGUAUAGAGCGUCAAGGAAUGGAUCCUCUAGCCGAGUUAGGUUGGAAGAAAACAGGAAGCUUGUUAAUUGGUAGAACAUCGGAAGAUCAAGCAAUUCUAGAGAGAAGGGCAGAACUUUUAUCUAAAUCUGGAAUCAAUUCAGAAUACUUGUCUGCCGCAUCUUUGCUCUCAAAGGAGCCAGCACUUGAAGUAGGAGGGGAAUGCGGAGCUGCAUUUUUACCAGACGACUGCCAAUUGGAUGCCUUUCGCACUGUUGCAUUCAUAGAAAAGGGUAAUAAGUGCUUUGCUUCUAAGGGAAGAUAUGCUGAGUAUUUUAAUAACCCUGCAAUUAGCUUGAUAAGAUCCGAGGAUGGAGUGGUUGAAGGUAUUCAAACUGUAGAAAAUGUUCUGUACUGUAAGCAGGCAUUGGUGGUUGCAGCAGGUGCUUGGACCGGUUCCCUCAUGCAAAGCCUUUCCAUCAAGCCAGAUGCUGUGCCUUGUGUACCUGUAAAGCCUCGAAAGGGCCAUCUUCUGGUGCUGGAGAAUUUCAACAGAAUUCAUCUGAACCAUGGCCUGAUGGAGGUUGGAUACCUUGGCCAUAAAGCUGCUAAAUCACCUUCCGAUGUUGAUGACGACUUGUUGUCUAUAUCAAUGACUGCCACAAUGGAUAUGGUCGGGAAUCUUGUUCUAGGAAGCAGCCGGCAGUUCGUUGGAUUCAAUAGAGAAGUAGAUGAGUCUAUUAUCAGGUGUAUACUGGAUCGUGCUGGAGAGUUCUUUCCUGCUAUAAGAGCUUUAUCUCGUAACAUAAAUCAGAUAAGGAUAGGCCACCGACCUUACAUGCCAGAUGGUAAGCCUGUCAUUGCGCCUGUCCCAGGAUUACCAAAAGUUUUACUUGCUGCUGGACAUGAAGGAAGUGGACUUUGCAUGGCAUUGGGCACGGCAGAAAUGGUAGGUGAUAUGAUUCUCAACAACCCGGGGAAAGUAAAUCGUACACCCUUCUUAAUGCAAGGAAGAUUUGUUUAAUUAAAUACAAGCUUCUCAUAGAGCAUCAAAAGAAUUGCAUAUCCAGAGUGUGCUUGUAUAUUUGAUUCCCAAGUUUGUCUCCUUGUUGUCCUGGGAAUUUGUACUCGUGAGAAGGAAAAUUAAGUAGUGACUAGUCUUAUGGAUAGGCUACUACAUUUAGAGAACAGAAAAGUUUGUCAAAAAGGAUAAAUCUUGUAUCAACACUUGAGAGGGCAUAAAGGAAGUUGCUGAAUUUGAAUUUACCUGUGAUGAAUUGUUAUGGUUUUAUGAAUAUUCAUUUAGGUUAA